AUGGACAAGGCUGAGUUUUUGUUGUUUGUCAUUCUUUUUAGAGAGAAUCCAGAGAAGCUAAAGUUGACCAAAGUGUUGACUGAGGCAGUGAAGUGUGCACAAGCUCUCAAGACUGAUGAAUUGAUUGCUGACACCAGAGUUAAGGAAGCUUUUGCAGAGCUGGUGAAUGAAGUGUACCCGCGUCUACCUGAGAGCCUACAGGAUCAACUGCUUGUUGACUUCAAACUCAACAUCCUCCGUCGAGCGCAAGAGAAAAAUACUCCGGCUGAGUUGAUGGAUGGUGAGCAGAAGAAGAACUUCCUCAGGAAAAAAGGAGCUCGUACCAAUACCUUGUGGAUUAUAGAAAAGCUAGUCCUGUUAGUCGGCGGGGAAAUGAAUAUUUGCACAUGGGGAUUCAGUUGCUUUGGACAAGGACAACAACAAUCUUUCAGGGCAGCACAAGUAUGGGCUCUGCUCUGGUGGCAUGUAGAAUUCGCAUGGCUGGAGAGUGGAAAAAUUGUUCUCGAGAUAAAGCUAUCUCACCUAAAUCUACGAUGCUAUAUUCAAAGUUCAGACAUUGACGUUACAUGGGUGCACUUCAGAAUAUUCUCCGGUUGGAGUUAUAUUAGAAGGCAUAUCCCCCGCAAAAUAAUAAUAAUAUUAGAAGGCAUUUGUUUGAUCAUGGUCAUGCCGGAAGUUGGGUUCAGAAGCAGGAAGAAAUUGUAUCCUAGAAAGAAACUAAUGGGACUAACUCGCUUUGAAAACAACGUUGUUGCAAUGGUUUACCUGACCGUGGAUGUGCAAAGGAAGGUCCUAAGUUGUUUUUGA